ACUUACUUUUUCUUUCCUCUUUGCAUAUUUAUUUUUAAUCUCAUGUAUUUUUUGUAAGUAGCCUUAGUAUGUUUUUGAAUGAAGCAGUGUCUAAAAUACUCAAAAGGGUGCUUUUUAUUAAUGCUAAUUGCUUAUGUUUCCAUAUUGUCUAUGUCUGGGCAGAGAUCCUAGCAAUGUUAAUUAUCCUAACAAGAUUUCAACUUUUUCAUCUAUCAGAGAUAGCGGUAGAAACUAACUUCCUAAGUGGAAUGCAUAGAGUUGCCAUUUCUUCAGUUUUUCAGAAAGUGAUGACAUUGUUAUCCAAAACUGUGGAGUUGUUUUUAUUCCAGACCUGUCAUUUACUCCAUCCUUUAUAGUGAUGCUACAGGACAAAGAGGAAUGGAUAAAAACAUUGGCGAGCAACUCAAUAAAGCAUAUGAAGCCUUCCGGCAGGCAUGCAUGGAUAGAGAUUCUGCAGUGAAAGAAUUACAGCAAAAGACUGAGAACUAUGAGCAGAGAAUACGUGAACAACAGGAACAGCUGUCACUUCAACAAACUAUUAUUGACAAGCUAAAAUCACAGUUACUUCUUGUGAACUCCACUCAAGAUGGCAAUUAUGGCUGUGUUCCUCUGCUUGAAGACAGUGAAAGAAGGAAGAAUAAUUUGACUGUUGAUCAGCCACAUAAUAAAGUGAUUUCAGGAAUAGCAAAGGAAAAACUACCAAAGGUAAGAAGACAAGAGGUUUCUUCUCCUAGAAAAGAAACUUCAGCAAGGAGUCUUGGCAGUCCUUUGCUCCAUGAAAGGGGUAGUAUAGAGAAGACUUUCUGGGAUCUGAAAGAGGAAUUUCAUAGAAUAUGCAUGCUAGCAAAAGCACAGAAAGACCACUUAAGCAAACUUAAUAUACCAGACACUGCAACUGAGACACAGUGCUCUGUGCCUAUACAGUGUACGGAUAAAACAGAUAAACAAGAGGCGCUGUUUAAGCCUCAGGCUAAAGAUGAUAUAAAUAGAGGUGCACCAUCCAUCACAUGUGUCACACCAAGAGGACUGUGCAGAGAUGAGGAAGACACCUCUUUUGAAUCACUUUCUAAAUUCAAUGUCAAGUUUCCACCUAUGGACAAUGACUCGACUUUCUUACAUAGCACUCCAGAGAGACCCGGCAUCCUUAGUCCUGCCACGUCUGAGGCAAUGUGCCAAGAGAAAUUUAAUACGGAGUUCAGAGACAACCCAGGGAACUUUGUUAAAACAGAAGAAACUUUAUUUGAAAUUCAGGGAAUUGACCCCAUAGCUUCAGCUAUACAAAACCUUAAAACAACUGACAAAACAAAGCCCUCAAAUCUUGUAAACACUUGUAUCAGGACAACUCUGGAUAGAGCUGCGUGUUUGCCACCUGGAGACCAUAAUGCAUUAUAUGUAAAUACCUUCCCACUUCUGGACCCAUCUGAUGCACCUUUUCCCUCACUUGAUUCCCCGGGAAAAGCUAUCCGAGGACCACAGCAGCCCAUUUGGAAGCCCUUUCCUAAUCAAGACAGUGACUCGGUGGUACUAAGUGGCACAGACUCAGAACUGCAUAUACCUCGAGUAUGUGAAUUCUGUCAAGCAGUUUUCCCACCAUCCAUUACAUCCAGAGGGGAUUUCCUUCGGCAUCUUAAUUCACACUUCAAUGGAGAGACUUAAGACACAUUUGAAAACAGACAUACCAAGUUCUAUGUGAUGAUUUGGGGUUUGUAAUACUAUAAAUACUUGAUUGUAAACUAAAUUCAAGAUCAUUUAUAGGAAAAUCUAGUUUCACAGCUAUUUGAAUUGUUUUCUAGAUUUACUGUAUAACUCUUUCAUUUUUUUAAAAGAUCAUUCUAUUCUUUCAAGGAGAAAUAAGCCUAAAAGAAGAAAAACAAAAAAAAAAAUCUGCAUAAAACUGUAAUCCUUUGUAUUCAUGUUUACAGUACUAUUACUAUAAUUCAAAAUUACAUAUGUGACUUAGUUAUAUAAUCAUAAUUUAUGUUUAUUUCAAAUAUCUAAGUUUAUUGCUUGGAUUUCUAGUGAGAGCUGUUGAAUUUGGUGAUGUCAAAUGUUUCUAGGGUUUUCUUAGUUUGUUUUUAUUGAAAAAUUUAUUUAUGUGAUAGGUGAUAUUCUUUGAAUAAACCUAUAAUAGAAGAUAGCAGACAACAUAAACAUCUUUGUAAAUAUCAAACCUAAUACAUUUCUACCAGUGAUAAAACAACUGGUAGAAUUAUUUAAACACUUAAGAUUUUUUAAAUAAUAUACAUGCCUUUAAUUUUACUAUGUGUAUAGCUACAUGAUGAAAUUAAAUAUUAAGAGGUACUUA